ACACACACACACACACAACCUAUGAUUUUCACGUGUGUGGGUGUGUGGAGGAGGGAGGAGAGAGGGCAGGGUUUUGUUUGCCUAUGUUCAGUAAAGCCAGCCUUCAAACACUCUGAACUGAACUGGAUGAACGAAGAGACAUCAUGCUCUGCUUCUUUCUGCUGGUUUAUUAUUGGUCAAUUGCAACAUGCUCAGGGCUGCUAAGUCGCCAGAAAAGGGCUUGGAUAAUUGACUCCUUCACGAUCGAGGAGGGGCAUAAGGGGCCUUUCCCAUACGAGCUGGGCAAGAUACAUAUGGAGCAGAAAUAUCGAGUACACUUUGAACUCCAUGGGCAAGGAGUGGAUAAGUACCCAAAGGGUCUCCUCUCCAUUGAUAAAGAGUCUGGCAUGGUGUAUGUUCACAGGGCGGUGGACUAUGAGGACAUUACAAUACUUAAGCUGAGAUUUCAGGCCAUGAAGGACGUUUUAGUAGACACUAGCUUGGGAGUUGAGAUUUCCAUAAAGGACAUCAACGACAACCCGCCACGCUUUCUGAGGGAUCUGUAUGAAAUUAACCUUUCUGAGGGAGAUCCACAAGGCACUCAUGUCCUGACGGUGGUGGCCUUUGACAUAGACAAGCCAGGAACACUAAACUCAACGUUCCACUAUGAAAUCAAAUCUGUGUCUCCGGCUGUGACAGACACUGAGUUCUAUGUUAACGAAGUUGGAGCAGUCUCAUUCAAAGGAUGUUUAGAUCAUCAGGUGGCUGACAAGUUUACAGUGUUGGUGGAGGCCAUAGACCAUGGUGAAGUAGUCAGGCUGUCCAGUUCAACCACUGUCAUUGUGCAUGUGCAGGAUGGGAACAACAACCGGCCAACCAUUACAGGACAAACAGGAUCUGGCAAAGUAAAAGAAGGGAAGAUUGGGGUUUCUCCUCUGCGCCUGCAUGUGACAGAUAGAGACACCCCGAACAGCCCAGCAUGGAGGGCUAAAUACACCAUACACGGUGACAACGAGGGGUACUUCAAGAUAGAAACAGACCCAGACACCAAUGAUGGAAUCCUGACAGUAGUAAAACCUUUAGACUAUGAGGAGGGAGCGCAAAGGAAUCUGUCCAUCUCGGUGGAAAACGAGAUGCCAUAUUUCUCCUGUAAAGUGGAGCAAAGGACGUCCUCAGGCUUAUGGAAAGUUGACACAAGCACAGGAGAUGGUACUGCUGGAGAUCUGUCUCACUCUGUUUCAGUCCUCAUUGAAGUUGAGGACACCAACGACCCCCCGAUGUUCACCGUGACUGUCAAACAGGCCAUGCUGGAGGAGAACGCACCAAUUGGAACCUGGGUAGAGAAAAUGACUGCUGUCGACCAUGACUCCAGUCAUGCAAGAGAUUUUGUGUACAAGAUAGGAAGUGAUCCUGCUGGCUGGCUGACUGUGGAUCCCCACACAGGAGACAUCACAACAGUUAACACACCUGACAGAGAAUCUCCUCAUGUUGUUAACGGCACCUACACCAUCUUACUGAAUGCAGUGGAUAAUGGGGACCCACCUAUGACAGGCACAGCCACACUGAGCAUCCAUGUGACAGACAUGAACGACAACGUGCCUCAGCCCACUGUGGAAACUGUGGAUGUGUGUCUGUCUGACAACGUCACCACCACUGACAUCACAGCUUUUGACCCAGAUGGAAUUCCCUUUGGAGGGCCAUUCACAUUUGAACUGCUGGAGGAUGUCAAAGGAAAAUGGAAACUGAGUCCCUCAUAUGGUUACACAACUGGCCUGGUGAAGGAGCCCGGUGUGUAUGCUGGCCCAUACACAAUUGUUCUGAAGAUCUCUGAUUUGCAGGGGAAGUUUGGUGUUUACAACAUCAAUGUGACUGUGUGCGACUGUUCUGUGACGCCCAACUGCAGAAUCCGCCGAAACACUGCCACGAAAGCUGCCACUGGUGCUAUCGGCAUAGUGUUUGCCUCACUGUUUUUACUCCUGUUUCUGUUGCUGUUGGCAUUUACCAUGACUUCCAAAAAAGAGUUCACCACACUGCAGACCGAUGACUCCUUUGGAGAAACCCUCCUUGCAUCAAAUGUUGAGAGACCAGGAACAGACUGCAAGAUACCAGAAACUUCCCUGGCAGCGUCCACUGAUAAGAAGCACCAAGACUUAUCUGAUCGGCAAGAUGGAAUGCAACAUAGAUGGCUUUCAAAGGAUAUGGCGCAAAACUUCACCUACAAACACUUUGGAAGAAAUAUUACGGAAGAUCGCUCCUACCAAUUCAAUGAGUACCAGACAAACUGGUAUUCUCAAAGAGACAAUGACUACCACCACACUCAUGGCAUGAGCAAAAUGGAUUUCCGCCACACAAGGAACUUAAGCUAUGUGCCAGAUUCAGCUAUCCAGGCCCUGCUUCAUCGGAGGCUCUCCUCACUCCAGAAGACAGGGGAUGACCUACUGGACUAUCAGCCUCACAUCUAUGCAGAUGAAGGGGACUGUGGCACCCUCUCAGAGCUGGAACAGAUUACCAUCCGUGACAAUGAUGACGCUUUCCAGAAAGCACUGGAAGAUUUGGGCUCCAAGUUCAACGAACUGGCUUCCAUUUGCAGGCCACCACAUUUACAAAUCUGAACAAAUUCUAACUUUUGUUAGAGUAGGGAAAUCAGUUUGUUUUUGUUGUUGUUUUUUUUAAUUAAAAGGGUUGAUGGAUACUAAAAAAAAAAAAAACUAAAUCUUUGGAUUCUGCAUUAAUGGGUUCCCAUUUCAAUGACAGCAUCGUGAUGAGAGCCACUCUGUUAAUCAUGUUAUUUAAUAGCAACUGUUACAAAGUCCUCCACAGUUUUCAUUUUACAAGAAGGGGAAAAGAAAAGUACAGCUGUCCUCCAAAAACUUUGGAGAUGCAUAUGGACAGUCAAGUAGAUAAGAAUUUUAUACAUUUAGAAAAAGCAAAACGAAACUAAACAAACUAGGUUACCUGCCUGCUGGCCCCGUCAAGACAUUCCACAAUGCAUUUUACCAAACUACCAAUUAAUCAAUGCAUACAGCUGCUCAAUUAAAAGAAAUUGCUCUCCCAUUUAAUAUAAUAAAGCUGUAAUUCCUAAAUGUAUAUUUGGAAUAAAGGGGAAAAAAAAACAAAAAAACAAAA